CCCCUCCGCGGCCUCUACGUCCUCCUCACAGCCCUCACCACACUCGCCCGCCUCCCCAUCUGGACACUCCUCUACGCUCUCCCCGCCACACGCCCCGUGCGCACCUGGACGCUGUCGCAGACCCUGCGCGUGCGCCUCCUCCGCGCCCUGCUAGAGUGCUACGCGGCGCUGGACUUGCGGACGCCGCUGUCUCUGGACGCUGGGGCAGAGGGGGAAAGAUGGGAGAGAGUGCCGGGGGUGGGGGAGGGGUGGUUGCGGGGGGUGCUGCGAGACGAGAGAGUGAGGCCGGAGGCGGUGGGCGGGACGUGGUUUCCUGCGCCAGUGAAGAACGACGACGACGACGACGUCGGCGCAGUCGUGCUCCACGUCCACGGCGGCGCCUUCACAAUCGGCACGGGCCGGGACGCGGCGGCCUCGAGCGCCGCCACCGCGCUGCUCACGCACCUGAACCCCCCCCCCUCUUCUUCCUCCUCCAACCCCUCCACAUACUCUCCCCGCAUCACACACGUCCUAACUCUCCAAUACCGCCUCGCCUCCCGCCCCACGCAUGCCCCCUUCCCCGCCGCCCUGCAAGACACCCUGUCAGCCUACGUACACCUCACCCAAACCCACGCCAUCCCCGCCGCCCGCAUCGUCCUGAGCGGCGACUCCGCGGGCGCGACGCUCGUGCUCGGCCUGCUGAGAUACCUAGCCGAGUAUGGGGCGGAGCUGGACCUGGCACCGCCGGGGGCGGCGCUGCUGUGGUCGCCGUGGGUGGAUGUUGCGGCGGGGGAGGGUGCGUUGGACCGGGGCGCGCUAGCGGGGGCGGGGGGUGGGACGGAUUAUUGCGGAGAGGGCUUUGUUGCGUGGGGGCGGGGGGCGUGGCUGCGGGGGCUGGAGGGGACGGGGGCGCAGGACGAGAGGUUGCCCUACGCCUCCCCCGCCGGCUACGCGUUCAAGUCGCCUUCGCCGCUGUUCGUGCAGGUUGGCGCCGUGGAGGCGCUGCGGCCGAGCGUGGUGCGCUGGGUUGGCCAGAUGCGCGAGCAGGGCACACCCACCAUCCCGCUCAGCGUAACGCCCAACGUCCCGCACGACAUCCUGAUGGCGGGCAUGGGGCUGGCUUUCAAGGCCGAGCUGGCGGACAUGGUUGCUGUGGCUGGGGAGUGGUUGCGGGGG